AUGAACAAAGAUCAGGAGAGAGCCGCUGUGACGCAGGUGGAAACGGCAGAGAUGGGGUGUGUGGCCAAAACGAGAGCAUUCUUGGAGAUUCCAAACCCGGCGAUCGUCAAAGUUUUAGCGAUAAGCAGCUCUGCUACCUUCACAUCAGGAAUUGCCUUAGCCUUUGAAUGGUUAUUUCACGGCAGGAGCCACACUACUGGAUUCGGGUGGAUCAUCUACUACGCACUGUUCCUGAUCUUUCUUCCUCUUCUCAUCUUGAUUGGUCUCCGUAUCCUCAUGGCCAUCUCAUGUCCUAGUCAGAGUGUAGACUCAGUCGCAGAAGUAAAAGAAGAGUGUGUUGAGGCUCAGCAAACGGAGAUAAACAGUUGCCGGAGUUUAGCCGUUGUGGUUGAUUCUGAUGAAAGGAAGAAGAACAGAGAAGAGGAGGAGACGCCGAGGAUAAAACGCGCCGUUUCAUUCCCGUCUCAUGGCAAAGUAAGAUCAUGUCGUACUCGUUAA